UGAAGUUUGUCAUCCUUUCUUCGUUGUCUAACCUAACCUAUUCUGCAGUCUGUCUGUUCUCUCAGAAAAAGGAAAACCCAAGGGAAAUCCAUAUAUGACCGAUGACGGUUAUUUGAAAAGUUGCAUCAGCCUUAUUGCACUAUUAACAUUCUAAUCUGCAGUUAGUUAUCAUUGCACGAUUCGAAGAAAUUCUUAAGUAAUCUCAUUCUACAUUGAAGUGUUAACGUGUUCACACAAUGUCUGGAGAAAACGCAAUACCUAUUUACACAUCGGAUUCCCGUGGCAAUGAUGAGACAGGAGACGGUACAGAAGGAAAACCCUUUAAAACAAUUCUUCAAGCUAUGCGAAAAGCCGGUGCUGAACCUUUUCCUGUAAUUUAUGUCGAUGGCAAAGAAGAUGCUCUCAAAUAUGAACCAGCUGCUAAAUCGCAGCUGAAAAAAAUACAGAAAAUGUGGGUUCGGGAAAACUACAAGCUGGCUGAGAAAUCUAACAAAGAGGAAGAAGAUGCUGAAAAGAGAGCAAAAAAUUUGGAAGAAGCCAAGAAAAUUGUUAUUACUGAGGAUAAAUCCUUGCCAGAGCCAAAACUUAUUAGAAUAUUUGAUGAAGAUGCUGAAAAGAGAGCAAAAAAUUUGGAAGAAGCCAAGAAAAUUGUUAUUACUAAGGAUAAAUCCUUGCCAGAGCCAAAACUUAUAAGAAUAUUUGAUGGAGAACAAUUCAGGGAACAAAAAGUGAAAAUUUGGACUCAUAGGAUAAGAAGACAAGGUAAAAACUUGAUGUUUGUGACACUUAGAGAUGGUACAGGAUUCUUGCAAUCUGUGUUGAAUGAUAAACUCUGUCAUACUUACGAAGCCCUGGUUUUACAAACGGAGUCCUCUAUAGUUCUGUAUGGAGUACUCAAAAAGUUGCCCGAGGGAAAAAGUGCUCCAGGUGGUCACGAGCUUAUUGUUGACUAUUGGGAAUUGAUUGGUUCGGCUCCAGCAGGCGGAGCUGAUUCGUUACUGAAUGAGCAGGCUCUUCCAGAUGUCCAAGCUGAAAAUCGGCAUAUAAUGAUAAGGGGAGAGAACACCUCCAAAGUUCUAAGGAUGAGAUCGGUGCUCUUACAAGCUUUCAGGGAACACUAUCUUGAUAGGGGUUACUGUGAAGUUACUCCACCAUCUAUAGUUCAAACACAAGUUGAAGGAGGAUCCACGCUUUUUAAAAUGGAUUAUUUUGGAGAGGAGGCUUACUUGACACAAAGUUCUCAGCUAUAUCUAGAAACAUGUUUAGCAUCUAUGGGGAAUGUAUACUGCAUCGCUGAAAGUUUUAGAGCAGAACAGAGUAGGACUCGGAGACAUUUAGCAGAAUACACCCAUGUUGAAGCUGAAUGUCCUUUCAUUACAUUCGACGAUCUCUUGAACCGACUGGAGGAUUUGAUUUGUGAUGUAGUAGACAGAGUUCUCAAAUCUCCUUUUGGCCACAUUGUUCACGAACUGAACCCCAACUUCCAAGUUCCUUCCAGACCAUUCCUGCGGAUGAACUAUUCAGAAGCCAUCGAGUAUUUGAAGGAAAACAACAUUACGAAAGAAGAUGGAACAUUUUAUGAGUUUGGAGAGGACAUUCCGGAGAUGCCCGAGAGGAAAAUGACUGAUAAAAUAAACAAACCCAUCAUGUUGUGUCGUUUCCCUGCCAAUAUCAAAUCGUUCUACAUGAGCAAAUGCCCCGAAGAUAACAGGCUCACUGAGAGUGUUGACGUACUACUUCCUAACGUUGGAGAAAUAGUCGGCGGAUCAAUGAGGAUAUGGGAUAUGGAAGAGUUGCUGGAAGGUUAUAAGAGGGAAGGAAUCGACCCUGCUCCCUAUUUCUGGUAUACUGACCAGAGGAAAUACGGAACCUGUCCACAUGGAGGUUAUGGUCUAGGUCUGGAACGAUUCGUCUGCUGGCUGCUGAACAGAUACCAUAUUAGGGAAGUGUGUCUCUAUCCUCGGUAUCUCAACCAUUGUAAACCGUAACUUUGGUGACGCGCAGAUUCACUGAGCAUUUAUUAAGGAACCGGCAUUUUUCUUUUUAUAAGUUAUACAGAGCUUUCUUAUUCUGUUGAACAAAGCAAAAAUAAAUGUUACAGCUAUA